AUGGACGAAACGAGCUCAGUAUCGUCGAAAUUAAUAAAACCACAUUAUCUAAGUCUCCUUGAAGAACUCAGUAAACUUUCCGAGUUAUCAAUUACCGUCGACAUCGCCAAAAUAGAUACAAUCUUCGAUAAUGUAACUGAAAGUAUAGAACACAUCUUAGAAUGUAUGCCCUUUCAAAAGAGUGCAAUGGUUUUGAUUACGAUAAUGAAUUCCAUCGUACGUCUCUGCGUCACCGAUCAAUCCAGCGUUUUCAUAUCGCGCGAAUCGUUUCAAUUGAUGUUCGAAAAAUUACAUAAGUUUAUAAUGAAGGUUUUUAAAAGUGAAAAAUUUUCCCCGGUGUGUGCAAGUGAUAUUUUGGAUUCAAUAUUUAUGAAUCUUAUCGCCGAUGAUUUCAUCGAAAUUUUCCUCCGACGAUUUCUUUUCGAAGACAACCUAUCGACCAACGAUUCUCUGCAACAAGAUAACAAAUCUUCUCAAGGUAACAUGGUUGAUUUGCAUCAAAUCCUUGAACAAUACAUAUCAUAUAGUGACUCGUCUCUUUUGAAAACGCCCAUUGUAUCCGUCGAUGCAUUUAGAUAUCACUACCGUCCUCUUCUGCUCGCUUUGCAAAAAUGUAUCGAUAGCUACUUAAUCCGUACAUUCCGACAACUUUCAGCACGUCAACUACAAGGAAUUGAGGCUGUUCUGAUUUUUAUAUUGAGUAUGACCGAUAAACUUUCGUUACUUCCUGUAUUAAUUGAUCUUGAUUAUAUUAAAAAAAGCGUCGAAUGGAUCCAUUCCGAAAUAUUUUUAUUUCAUAUUGCAAAUCUUGGCCUAUUAACAAUUACAAUCGUUUAUAAUUUAUCCCGAGACAAAGUAGGCUUUAAAAAGCUUCGUGCGGAAAAGGCAUUUGACGUUUUAAUGACUCUGAAACAGUCCAUCGAUGAAAUAAAUAAUAAAGAAUUGACAGAAUGUUUCGCUAGAGCUUUGAUAGCAGUUUCGACCAGCGAUGAACAAUCAGAAGAGAACAAAAAGCUUAUUCUUGAGACCAGUGAAACUCUAUACAAAAUCUGUAAGCAAGCUGAUAAAGAUCCUGAUUUAAGAUGUGAUGGAUAUCAUUUAUCAGAAAUAUUGGAGCUGUUACAACGUGCGUUCGCAAAUACUUAUGUAAUAAAACAUAUAAUGGAGGAUAUCACUGAUGGAAAUUCGCUGGCGAUAGAUUAUUUUGCUGGACUGUUCUUAUCUUUCUACGGGACUUUAUUGGAUCCUGAUCCGAAUGAUUUGGAAAAGCGUGCUAUUCAAUAUUUACUCAAGGUUCUAUUGCAAAUUUCCAGUUAUCCUGCAUAUUUACAGCAGUUGAUUGAUAAUGAUCGAUUUUGUAUAAUUAUAGAAGCGUUAGCUACCCGUCCGAAACAGGACGAUGCUAAACGCAUUUGGUGUCAUAUUCAAGAAAUAACUUUACGCGACAUGCCGAAAAAAGAAACAGCAUCGAAAAUUUAUAUCAGUUAUCAUUAUACUGAUGAAGAAAUUUGCAAAGAAUUUGUGAAAGAACUAAGGAAGAAAAAAAUAGCCAUUCAAAUUUGGGUCGAUUACGAAAACGUUGAAGUAAGUGAAGAUAUGUGGGAAGCUGUAUCUCCAAAUAUCAGAUCGGCAUCGACUGUGAUUGUCUUAGCGUCAACUGCCUAUGGGGAAAGUAUGGAUAAAUUUCAAGAGUUAUCAUACAUAAUGUCUACUAACAAAGCAAGAGAUCCACAGAAAGGUUUAGUUGUGAUUACAACUGAGCCGAAUUUCAGUUCGAAACGAUCAUGGAUGAAUAAUUUAUUAAAAGAUCAUACUGUAAUUCCAUAUGAGAACAAUAUGGGUCACAUGGUAUCGAGAUUAUAUGAACAAAUUGGAAUAGCGAAGAAAUCACCGUUUAGCUUCUUGGGAAUUUUGGGCAAAAAUAAACGAAGAAAGAGAAGUCAAUCUGAGGACUCUUCACGAAGUGACCUCAAUCGACUUUCCACCAAAACCGAUAUUAAGAAAGAACUCCUGAAUUUCAAUAACAAACUGGAUGGUACCGUUCCGAAAGCAUAUAGCUCGUGUUCUAUUGUCAAUAGCGUAAUAACGGUAACUGGAUCUGCUACUAGUGCAACCUGGGUGUGA